UGUCAUCAAUGGGCGCGCGCUAGCCGGUGUGUGGAGAUGGUUGCACGUGAAUCACCGUGAUGGCCAGCUCUGAUGUGGUGAAGAAAGUCACGCGGUUCAAACUUCAGCUCUCAGACACAGCAGAGUCUGCUACGGUUCUAAAAAUUUUGCAGAAACUCAAGGAUCUGGAUAUCACAUUAGACAUUCUUGCUGAGACUGGAAUUGGAAAAACAGUUAACUCCUUGCGCAGACAUGAACAGGCUGGAGAGUUUGCCAAGUCGCUAGUUAGGGGUUGGAAAAGACUGGUCCCUAAGGAAUCCACAAGCCACACAGAAGAUGGGGAUGUGCCAGAAAGUUUGCCUGUUAAAGACAAACUGGACGACCAAAACUGUCCAAAUAAUGGAAGUUUGACAAUGGAGGAUUUAAACAAUAAUUGCUUAAUGUCUCACGGCAAGAGUCAGAAUUCUUCAGAUGAGGCCCUCUUCAAAACGUGGAAUAGGAAAGCUGAUUCAGAGAAACAAUGUGAAGAACAGACAAGACAUAAAGACCAGAAUGAAAAUGAAGAAAAAAGUCAACAAGAAAACCAGAAUAUCUCUCAGAAUAAUGUCUUGAAAAAGAAAAUUGAAAUCCAAGAGGAUAAAAUGAACAAUUCAGUUGUUUCCAAGAAGAACAAAGAUGAUCAGAGUAACAGAAAAUCAGGAGACGGUGAUACUUUGCCUGGAAACAAAAACAAGGACACACAUCAGGAAUCCAGGUCUGAUUCCAGGGAAAAAAUCAAAAGCAACUCUGAUAGUGGAAGAUUUGGAUGGGAAAGAGAGUCAAAUAAGAAAUCAAAGACAUCAAAAGAAUUGUCAAAGGAAGGCAAAGAAUCUUUUUCAUUUGAGUCUGGUGACAAACACUCAAAAACGUUCAACCUGGCCAAUGUCAAAGAUGACAGACCUUCAGAAAUAUUCAGGAGCUCAGAGGCCCAAAACAAAAAAAGGAAUAAAACAGGUAAAGAGAAACACGCCACUCUAAGGCACAAACGAGAGUCUGAAAAUAAGGCACAUUCAAAUCACAAACACAAAAAGGCUAAAAUAAAGCACAAAGACGAGGAAAGUGACGGUGACCCUGCAGAGCCCUCCAUGUCGUUUGAGUCAUACUUGAACUACGACGAAAAUGUUUUCAAGAGAAAAGAAAGAUCUGGAGGGAAGAAACCUCCCAAAAAAAUUAAGACUGUAGUAAAAGAGGAAGCAACAAAAGGUCCUGGCAUGAAAGCUUUCAAGUCACCUGUGAUGUCUAUAAAUAUUACCUCUCCAAAACAGAAAUUCACGGAGUCUGUAAUGGACCUGAUGAACAUUCCUUUACCCGCUCUUCUGCCUGAGUGUGAAAAGCCAUCCAUUGUUGAGUACUUUGAAAGGAAAGUUGAGAAGGAGUCUGAUUUCUGUGACACCUCUGAGGAGUCUGCAGUCUUCACUGGUCAACGGCUUAACAGGAAGAUGCAAGUGUACUCUGGUGCCAAGACCAUCUUCCUCCCGACCAUGAUGAGCUUGCACCAACAGUGUAUCCGCACGCUCCAGAACAAUAUCAACUUGCUUUAUGAAACUGGAGGAGUCCCGUUUGAAAUCCUCGAGCCGGUGUUGGAGAGGUGUACACCAGAGCAGCUGCUACGCAUUGAAGAAUGCAACCCAAUCUACGUUGGAGUGUCAGACCACUUAUGGGGGAAACAUUGUCAGAGGGACUUUAAAGACUCCAAACUUCAGGAGUAUGAAUCAUGGAAAGAGAUGUACAUCAGGCUGUCUGAGGAGAGGGAAAGGAAACUCCAAAGACUGACAAAAAGCAUUGUCUCUGCACAUUCUAACAAACCCAAAGGUCGGCAGGUGAAGAUGGCAUUUAUUCACACUGUUGCCAAGCCACCGAGAGAUGUGCGAAUUCAGCAGGAAAUUCAUGGAACUGCUGUUCAGCAGCCUCAUCAGCUCAGGUGCAGUGUCAAAGUUCAGGACAGCAGACCGAGGCCGAGUUGUAAUGAGCCCAGCAGGUCCAGCAGCACCAGCUCGGGGGCAGGCAAUACACAAGACACUCGCAAAAAAACAAGAGUUGCUCCAAUGAUGGCAAAGUCCUUAAAGGCAUUUAAGAAACAGCUGGGACGCAGAUAGGCGCUCUUCUAUGAUCUUGCUAUGUUCAGUGCGUGGAUGUGGUGAAAGUGCACUGCAUCAUUCAUUAACUUUGGACAAGAGAAGGCCUGUGUUCACCUUAGAUUAUUAUGUGUUGUUUGUCUAAAUAUACAGGCAUUUGCCAUGUUUUUUUUUCUCUAACUGUGAAUUGUAUUCACUAUUAAAUGGGCAAUGAAAUGAGCAAA